CAGUUACUUUAGUAAUUUACGGCCGUAUCUUUCUUUGUUGUCGAUCGUAUAAUUUACUAUCGUAUUAACAUUUGUUGGGUUAAAUUAAUUGAUCAGUUUAUAAGUUUAAUUGGUGAUUGACGUUAGCUGUUUUAACGUUAAAUUCAUUGUGAAGAGGUGGUAAAACGUAAUAUGCUCGGGUAACUUAUUUCAACACAUACAUACACACACGUACUUUACCAUUACCACUGGGGCAUCGGUUUUCAGUUUAUUAUUUAACAUUAAACAACGCUCUGCCGAGUAUUUAUCGAUAUUUAUUGGAUUUAUGGUGUGAUAAUUAAUUAUUUAUUCAUUAUAUCUGGGUGUUAUCUAUGUGGGAGUUAUGAGUACUCGAACAGGGACUAUUUAAUAGGAUUUUACUUGUGAUUAGGUUAAGUUACUUGUGUUAAUAGAUCAAUCUUGGUUGUGCUUGUGAUGGAUUUACCUGGAUAACACCUGGUGCUGUUGAAUUUUAGCUCACGAACAAGAUCGUUCACCUUCAGGAUAAAGUCAAUUAUUGGGAAGAUAUUUUCAUCCUUGGAGUUCUUUUGUUUUGAUGGAUGAGAUUGUGGUUGUCUGGCUGAUUGGAGCGAUUUUAUUUAACUGACGGAAUUUCGGAGUGUCUGCGAAAUGUCCCCAUCUGCAUUCAUAACGGUCACAACUGUUCUAUAGAUUAAUGCUGCUGCUCAAUUGGAGCUAGGUCCGAGCAGACCUAGCAUGGGCCACUAUGAAUCCAUCCGCUGUCAGCAAGUCAAGCACUCGCGGCUCUGGAUAUCAUCAGAAGGCACUAGCUGAAAUAAGAAAUUCCCUGUUACCAUUUGCCAACAGUGGUGGCACAGGUGAAGUUGGAUCCAGUGCAGCCAGUACAAUAUCAACCCUCUCGACAACCAGUGGUGUAUCAUCAGCAUCUGGUCUGAGUGGAUUAUCAGGUGCUUCAGGCUCAAUAACUGACAAACCCGAGCAACGUCAGGCAAUUGCCCAGCUUCUGGCCAUGGGUUAUCCCGAGGAGAUAGGCCUGAGGGCCCUCAAGAUGGCAGGAUGGCGUCUCGAUGCUGCAAUUGAAUUUCUCAAACAGGCCCAAGGAGAGUCCCUCAAUGGCCUGGGUAAACUAAACUCAAAAUUAAUUCGUAAGCCCAGUCUAGAGCGUGAACUCUCCCUGCAACGGGGCUCUCCAGCACUCGACUCUGGAGCUGGUAGCUCUCGAUCAGACAGCCCGAGAUUGACAGAGCUCAGUCCCCAUCCACAACUCAGUCGACAGUACUCGCCAAACAGUUUUGUUGAGCGUGAACCACCACCACCACCUCCGCCUCGUUGCUCAUCUACUCCACCACCUCCUCCGCCCCCUCAUGCACCAUAUAGCCAGCCAAAUGUGCCCACGAAUAUGCAGCAGAUGCUCAAGAGGAUGUCCCCAGCACCAGUGGUGCCCAGCAGAGCCCCUCCAACCACUUCAACCUCAACGAACUCGUCGUCUGGAAAUCCUCCGCAGAGAGGCACCAGUCCAGUGGCCACUUCUACCAGUACCUCAAACGGUAGACAACCCAUGAUAGUUCAGAAUGGUCCUCAGGUGCAGCAGCAGCUCUCACAGCAGAUGCAAGCACUAAGUAUGUACCAGUCGAACAGCAGUAGCUCAAGUACACAGGUCGAGCCACCACCGCCCUAUCCAAUUGUUCCAUCGUCAUCGUCAGGGACUGUCCAGCCACCAUCGUACAGUGCAUCGAUGCAGAAUCGUCAGAGCCCGACGCAAUCACAGCAGGAUUACAGGAAGAGCCCUUCUUCUGGAAUUUACUCGGGGCCAACGUCAGCUGGUUCACCCUCACCCAUAACUGUGUCGACAGUGCCACCCAGCACACAGGGCUCUAUGGCCAGACCAACACCCCUCCAGGCUUGGGGAGCUAGACAAGCCAAGACACAGCCUCCCAUCAUCAUGCAGUCGGUUAAAAGUACUCAGGUGCAAAAACCUGUGCUACAAACUGCUAUUGCACCGACCUCACCCCAACCAAUUUCUACGAGCAGUACUCCACCACCACCACCUCCAUCUUAUGCAUCCUCUAUUCAGCAGAAACAGCAGCAGCAGCAGCAGCAACAACAGGGGCAUCAGCAGCAGCAGUCCCAGACUCAGCCUGUACCCCAGUCCCAAUCCCAGUCUCAACCUCAAACCCAGAAUCAAUCACAAUCCCAAUCUCAAGUUCAGUCUCAACAAGGCCAACAACAAAUCCAACAAGUCCAGCAGAGUCAACCCUCACCUCAGCCCCAGCCUCCACCACCUGCAUAUCCUCCAGUAAACAACAACAACACGAAUAAUCAGAGUCUCGGAGUACCUGUCCCCACGACAGAGCCCCCAAGUUAUGCCACAACGAUGCAAGCACUGGCUGCCCAACGUAGCAUGCACCAUCCUUUGCCACCUCCACCCUAUGGCACCCCAACCGAAGAUAUUUCUAAUGUCGAAGGGGCUAAUGCACCGAGAUCAUCACCAGUGGCUCAUCAUCCUCCACUCCAGAGAAAGUACUCGCCAGUGGAGAGCUGUCAGCAACACCCAGAGCAGUCACCCCCAUUACCACCGACAGCCUCAUCCUCAGUGGCCAAUAGAAAUCCUGGAAAUCAUCCCGCAUCCUCUGAGAGCGGUGCCAAGGGUCCCUACAAAAUAAAACACCAGUCACCCAUCCCCGAGAGAAAACACAUGAGCAAGGAGAAGGAGGAAGAGAGACGAGACUGCAAAGUCAGGAAUUAUUCUCCCCAGGCUUUUAAAUUUUUCAUGGAGCAGCACGUUGAGAACGUCCUCAAGUCCCACAAGCAGAGGCUCUACAGGAGGCUCCAGCUGGAGACAGAAAUGGCCAAGAUCGGAUUGAGUGCUGAGGCACAAUGUCAAAUGAGAAAAAUGCUCUCCCAGAAGGAGUCCAAUUACAUCAGACUCAAAAGAGCAAAAAUGGAUAAAACCAUGUUCACCAAGAUCAAGGUCAUUGGGGUUGGGGCCUUUGGAGAGGUGACACUCGUCAGGAAGUUGGACACUAAAAAUCAGUUCUAUGCAAUGAAGACACUCAGGAAGGCUGACGUAUUGAAUCGAAAUCAAGUGGCACAUGUUAAAGCUGAACGUGAUAUUCUCGCUGAGGCUGAUAAUGAAUGGGUUGUCAAGCUCUACUACUCGUUUCAGGACAAGGAUAAUCUUUAUUUUGUCAUGGAUUAUAUUCCUGGGGGUGAUCUGAUGUCGUUGCUCAUCAAGUUCAUGAUAUUCAAUGAACCACUGGCGAGGUUUUACAUUGCUGAGCUCACAUGUGCUGUGGAGAGUGUUCACAAGAUGGGAUUCAUUCACAGGGACAUUAAACCUGAUAAUAUUCUUAUUGAUCGAGAUGGACAUAUCAAACUCACGGAUUUUGGACUCUGCACGGGAUUCAGAUGGACACACAAUUCCAAGUAUUACCAGCAGAAUGGGCACAAUAAGCAGGAUUCGAUGGACCCAGCUGACGACUGGAACAAUGAGUGCCGUUGCAUUCAGCUGAAGCCCCUGGAAAGAAGAAGAUACAGAGAGCAUCAGAGGUGUCUUGCUCACUCCCUUGUAGGGACACCGAAUUACAUUGCACCAGAGGUUUUACUGCGAACUGGUUACACCCAACUGUGCGAUUGGUGGAGUGUUGGGGUGAUCCUGUACGAGAUGCUCGUAGGAUCGCCUCCAUUCUACGCAAAUACACCGGCUGAAACUCAGUAUAAGGUGAUCAAUUGGGAGACAACUCUCCACAUACCGAAGCAGGCGAAUUUAUCUCCAGACAGUAUGGAUUUAAUUCUGAAAUUGUGCACGAAUGCUGACAGACGAUUGGGGAAAAAUGCCGACGAAGUCAAGAGCCAUCCAUUCUUCGGCAGCAUAGACUUCGACAAAGGUUUACGUCGACAAGUUGCUCCGUAUAUACCUCGCAUUCAAGAUCCAACCGAUACCAGCAAUUUUGAUCCAGUGGAUCCUGAUAAGUUGAGAAAUUCCGAGGCCUCUGACUCGGACAAAUCCGGUGAAUUACUCGAUAACGGAAAACCCUUCCACGGAUUCUUUGAAUUCACCUUUCGACGAUUUUUCGAUGACGGCGGAGGUCCAGCUUAUCCUAGUCGAAUUAGUCUUGACGAUAAUGACAAUCAGGGACCGGUCUAUGUAUGACAUUAGGCCACGUCCAGGCAAUGCCAUUACAAGUUCGUAAAUAUCACCGCUUUCAAUCCUUCAUUAUUUUCCAUUCUUUUAAUAUUCUUUCCUCUCGUGCAUCUUAUUUAUCGUUUCAUUGGGAAGAAAGAGUCAGUUUCGCGGAUAAUUAUGGUUUUUUUUUUUUUUUGGUGUAAUGGCAGUGUCUUAUGCACUGUUGAAAAUAUUUUCGGGAGUUGUUCUCCUCCAAUUUUUACAACAGUGCAGGAGUUCGAAUUCAGUAGCUGUGGGGAUAUCAAUACGAUGAAUAUGGGAAUGCGAAAAAAUAAGAAACCGUGGGGUUUCGUGUGUUUCAGCGAGUACUGUGAUAUUGCCAAUAAUUAGAAUAAUGUGGCUUACAAAAGAAGAAAGAAAAAUGAAGAAAAAAAAAGUCCCGGUUCGUUGUUUGAAUCAUCUUUUCCUUUAGUAUCAAACGAAGAAAGUCUAAUCACUUGCUGACUGAUCGAUUUAUUUUCGAAUCGAGUGAGCAGUCAAUCGUUCUUUGUAUAGAAAUUCUCUCUCAUCGAUUGUAUUAUUAUUACAAUCUUAAGCGAACGGAUGUAAUGUGUUCAGGCAAAAUGCGACGUAUUUUUCCCCUGAAAUACGAAAGACGUCACUUUAUCCCUUCAAUAAUCUAAGCAACAUUUAUCAGUUUAUCAUGUAUACAUUCGCUGCCUCCCUCCCCUCUUUGUGUCUCUCUCUGUUUCUCUCUCUUUUUUCUUCAAUUACUUAUUGUAGAAUUAAGUAUUCUGUCCUCUAGGGCGUGCCAAGGCUGCAAUUCGAUAAAAACAAACGCGAUAGAAAAAAAUAUAUAUAUUAAAUAAAUUAUUUUUCAUUAGGUAGCGUGGAAAAAAGUACUAGAGCUUCGCGAAAAAUUGGAGUUCGUUCGGUAACGAAAUAAUAUAAAAUAUCAACAAUUUUUCUUCGAUAUGUACAAAUGUGAGAUUCAAUUGAAAAAUAACGAAUUGAUACGGUCGCCUUUGAUCGAAGUGCCUUUAAUAUUUCGAAAGUCUUUACAAGGGAAAGAUAAUAAGCAGUAGAGAAAUUUACCAAGUGAAUAAUUCGAUUGAAAUUUCGGUUUUUUUUCCGCUACGUUGUCUUCUCUCGUAGAGGUCCUCAAGAUCCUUUCCUACAAAAAUAUCUAAAAAUUGGACAAUCGAUUCGUUUAAUAGCGAUUUACCGAGUGAUAAAGUGAGAUCAAUCGAAUGAAAUUUUACAUAAUUAUUGAUUUAUCUCGGAAACUCUUGAAGGAUUUUUUAGGUCCGAAAUGUAAGUCAAUGAGAUAAAUCGACAUUAAAAAAAAUAUUCGAAUUACUCUAGCACUUGGCAACUGAUACAUCGCGUGAAAUCUAUCUAACCGAGGUAGUUUAUCGAAGACUAAUUUCAAUGUAUGUACUAUGUACAGAGUUUAUGAUCCAACGGUAUGUCUGAGUGUGUAUGCUGUGUAUAUUAAGCGCUUGAAAAACCGGUGCGUGAGAAGGUGAUGGAAAUUGUGCCUUAACAAUAUAUAUAUAUAUUUUUAUCGUUUAUUCUGUCCAUCUUCUCAUGCAAUGCGAUGAAAAUUCGAGGAAUCGAGUCUCACGAGUCAGCAAUAUCUUUCUCACCGACGAUACUUGAGAAAAGAAAAAAAAAAGCCUAUCGUUAAUGCUCAUUAUUUUUCAUGCGAUUUUUUAAUGUAAAUUUUUACAAAAUUCAGGGUCUCUGAAUGAACUCGAUGACUGAAAAUCGAGUGUGGUUAUCCUUUUUUUAAUCUUCUAUUUAAUUGCUUUAAGAUGAUUAUCAAUAAUCAGUCGUCAUUAUAGCUAUCAUCAUUAUGUUUUUUUAUUUUUAGUAAUAUUAUUACUAGGAGAAUAUUAUUAUUUUGUUUUUUUUUUCAUUGAUCAAUGCGUACCAAAGGACUCUGCAAUGAUCGAAUGUGCAUUUUUAUUUUGGUGUUGAGGGGCAUAGGGGAUACUAGAACAAAUCUAAUGAGUAGUUGCAUUAUAAAUGAUUAAUUCGAAGAAAUAUUCUUUUUUACUCCAAUCGAUUACGAAUGAAUCAUUGAUAUCUUUUGUUUAUCUAGUCCAGAGAAAAAAAAACCUUAUGGAACAAAUAUAUAUGGGAUCAUUCGCCCUCGGGGUGACCUUAUCGAAAUAACUAUCGAGUAAAUUAUGAUGGGUAAAUUAUUAAUGGGGGAGCGAAGCAAUCCGUAUACCUCUUCAACACCUCAAUUAAGAUAUCAUCCGUUUCACACUUUCGCAAACUCAAUUCAGUGAUAAAUCAGCAAAUAUUUUCACUGAAUGACGUAAUCAUUAUUUUCCCCGUAGAACGUACAAGAGAAAUAAACUCUCAACAAAAAAAAAAAAAUGAAAACACAAGCCUCAUUGUAACGAAGGCAGAUCUGUUUAGUUUUUAUCUUUUCUUCCUCCCCCUUUAUUUUUUAAGAAAACUUGUAAAUUUUAUAUUUAAUUUUAAUCCCACCCCUGCCUACCCCUACCAGUUUCAUGUUAUUUUAUCUAGGGCCUCGAUUCUAUUUCAAAUUCACCCCUCCCCGAUUUGUAAUUAUGUUUGCAAAAUACAGAAUCAUCAUGAUAAUAUUUAGUUUUUAUUUAAGGUCUUAAUAUAUUAUGGAAACAAAACUUAUGUAAAUAUAUUCGAGUGUGUAUUCUAAAUUAAAAACAUUC